CGACGGCGACCACAGCUUAUUUGGCGCGCGCGCGCGCGCAUACAGACACGGCUGCAAACAUCUCAGCAUGAACUAACCGUCGCCUGCUUCUUCGACGAUCGGUAUGCGGAUUAGCCGUACAGGCACCCUCCAUCUGAGGCAGCAGCACUGCUCCAGCAACCAGCAGCAGCACAGCCCGGCCAGGCUGCAAGCAUGCAUCAGACGUUGAUCAGACGACACGGCACAUAUGCAGCCCAAGUUCAUGCAACAAGUACAAGAUGCAUUUAUAAUGUGUGGGAUCCACCACAGUCACUAACAGUGAGUUUGGGAUUUGACUGGGCAUGUCACGGAUUCUCUUUUCUUCUGGUAUCCCACGUAGUAGCACGUUAUCCUUCCGACGGCGCGAGUUGCGCGGAACAGUGGGCGGUCGUGAAUCUGACAUCUGCAAGGAAACAAACAGCCGGGCAUGCACGCGCUUCCGCAACAGAACUGAUUCGGAGACGGAGCGGUGUGGCAACCGAACGGGGGUCUGCCUCUUUAAAUCCAUGGCCGCGUGCGGGCGCCAGGGCCCCGGCGCGCACCCGCGUCUCCCCCCUCAUCUCUCCCUCCGCCGAGAGCCGAGCGCGCCGAUCCGCGGCGAGCUCGAUCUCGCCGAGAGAUCGAGCGAUGGCGGCGACCGAACGGGUGGACGACGAGGCCGACCGGCGGCGGCGCGCCAGGGAGCUGCUGGACGCCACCACCCCGGGCCGCAGCAUCGCCGUGCGCCGGUGCACGCUGGCGCUCGAGACGUUCCGGGGCGGCGGCGGCGGCGGCGGAGGCCUGGCGGAGGCGCGUGCUCUCCUCCGCGACGCGCUCGACUGCAGCAACGUGCACCACCCCACCAUCUACCGCGCCUGGAUCUCCAUGGAGGAGCAGGCCGGCAGCGACGCCGUCGGCAUAAGGAAGCUCUUCGGGGGCUGGCACUGCUGGUAUCGCAAGAAGCGCGAGGGCGGCGGGAGCCAGAACGAGGAAGAAACGCGAAGCCAGGACGAGGGCGGCUUCUGGUGCCACUACAUCGACUUCGAGCUCCGCCGCGGGACCGCCGCGAGCGCGCGGGGCGUCGGGGAGCGCGCCGUGGCGGCGUGCCCGCGCGACCCAGCCGUGCACGCCAAGUACGCCAAGGCGGAGCUGCGCCUGGGGUGUCCCGACCGCGCCCGCGCCGUGCUCCUGAGCGCCCUCGACGCCUUCGCCGCGGACGCCGAGACACGGGAGCGGCUGGAGCGCGAGGUGACGGCGUACGGCGACACCAUGCGCCGCGGGAGCUGGAGGAGGCUUCGCGGCUUCUUGCCCUUCUGCUCCCGCCGGUGGACUCGGCCGGCACAGGGCUACGAUCUGCUAGCCGUAGCGUGAUGCUAGGUGAUUGCCAUCCAGCAGUAGCCAUGUCCUCCUAUUAGCUAAAAAUGUGUAGAUUAGAUGCAUGUUGGAGCCAUGUAGUAUUGUGAUGGAUGUUGUCGUAAUUUCCACGCACAUCUUCUUCGAUAAUCUGCACGAUUACAACGCAAGAAA